AUGAUGUGCGAGGUGAUGCCCACCAUCAGCGAAGCGGAAGGCCCCCCAGGAGGCGGCGGGAGUCAUGGGUCUGGCUCCCCGUCCCAGCCCGACGCGGACUCCCAUUUUGAGCAGUUAAUGGUGUCCAUGCUGGAGGAAAGAGACCGGCUUCUAGACACUCUCAGAGAGACUCAGGAAACCUUGGCGCUCACCCAGGGAAAGCUGCAUGAAGUGGGCCAUGAGCGCGACGCCCUUCAAAGGCAGCUCAACAGUGCCCUGCCCCAGGAAUUUGCAGCACUUACGAAAGAACUCAACGUAUGCAGGGAACAGCUCCUCGAAAGGGAGGAAGAAAUUGCUGAGCUCAAGGCAGAAAGGAACAACACCAGGCUCUUGUUGGAGCAUCUGGAAUGCCUCGUCUCCAGGCAUGAACGGUCCCUCAGGAUGACAGUGGUGAAGAGACAGGCUCAGUCGCCAGCAGGCGUGUCCAGCGAAGUGGAGGUUCUUAAAGCCCUGAAAUCACUGUUUGAGCACCACAAGGCCUUGGACGAGAAGGUGAGGGAGCGGCUACGAGUAGCUCUGGAAAGGUGUAGCUUAUUAGAAGAAGAACUGGGUGCCACCCACAAAGAGCUAAUGAUCCUUAAAGAACAGAAUAAUCAGAAAAAAUCUCUAACAGAUGGGAUGCUGAACAUAAACCAUGAACAAGAAAGUACACCAAGCACGAAUGGGAAGAGGUCUUCGGACGGCUCCCUGGGUCCCGAUGAGGCGCUCGCUAAGGUGGUGGAGCUCCAGGACACCAUCGACAAGCAAUCCCGUGAGCAGAGCCAGAUGAAGGAGCGCCUGGCCAGCCUGGCCAGCCACGUUACUGAGCUGGAGGAGGACCUGGACACUGCCAGGAAGGACCUCAUCAAGUCCGAAGAGGUGAACACCAAGCUGCAGAGAGACGUCCGUGAGGCCGUGGCCCAGAAGGAAGACAUGGAAGAGAGAAUCACAACGCUUGAAAAGCGCUACCUCGCCGCACAGCGGGAGGCGACGUCUGUGCACGACCUCAACGACAAACUGGAGAAUGAAAUAGCAAACAAGGACUGUCUACACCGCCAGACGGAGGAUAAAAACCGGCAGCUGCAGGAGCGCCUGGAGCUCGCAGAACAGAAGCUCCAGCAGACACUGCGCAAGGCCGAGAGCCUGCCCGAGGUGGAGGCGGAGCUGGCGCAGAGGGUGGCCGCACUGUCCAAGGCGGAGGAGAGGCACGGCAACAUCGAGGAGCGGCUGCGGCAGAUGGAGGUGCAGCUGGAGGAGAAGAACCAGGAACUGCAGCGGGCCCGGCAGAGGGAGAAAAUGAACGAGGAGCACAAUAAACGAUUGUCAGACACCGUGGACAAGCUCCUCUCUGAGUCUAAUGAGAGACUCCAGCUUCAUCUGAAGGAACGCAUGGCUGCUCUGGACGACAAGAAUUCUCUGUUACGAGAAGUUGAAAGUGCAAAAAAGCAAUUAGAAGAAACGCAACACGACAAGGAUCAGCUCGUAGUAAACAUUGAAGCACUGAGGGCUGAACUAGACCAGAUGAGACUGCGGGGUGCUCCACUUCACCACGGCCGGCCGCACUUGGGCAGUGUCCCAGACUUCCGGUUCCCCGUGGCGGAUAGCCACAUGGAUGGCUGCACCACAGGCUCGGUGCUGCGGCGCACCCAGAAAGGCCGCCUGGCUGCUCUGCGAGACGAGCCGUCCAAGGUACAGACACUCAACGAACAGGACUGGGAACGCGCCCAGCAAGCGAGUGUGCUGGCCAACGUCGCGCAGGCGUUUGAGAGUGACGUGGAUGUGUCCGACGGGGAAGACGACAGGGAUGCACUCUUCAGCUCAGUGGACCUCCUGUCGCCCAGUGGGCAGGCAGACGCCCAGACGCUGGCCAUGAUGCUUCAGGAACAGCUGGAUGCCAUCAACAAAGAGAUCAGGUUGAUCCAGGAAGAGAAGGAAAGUGCUGAGCAGCGGGCUGAGGAGAUCGAGAGCAGAGUCGGGAGUGGGAGUCUGAGUGACCUGGGUCGUUUCAGAUCCAUGAGCUCCAUCCCCCCACACCCCGCUGCCUCCCCUCCAGGCAGUGGUCGCUCCACCCCAAGACGGAUCCCCCAGAGUCCAGCCCGGGAGGUAGACCGGCUGGGCAUCAUGACCCUGCUGCCAGCUUCCCGAGAAGAGGUACGAGACGACAAGACGACAAUAAAAUGUGAAACAUCCCCACCCUCCUCCCCGCGAUCACUCCGGCUGGACAGGCUACACACGGUCAGCCACGAGGACAUCCGGAACUCCACAGGCUCCCAGGACGGCCCCGUGAGCAAUCCCAGCAGUAGUAACAGUAGUCAGGACUCGCUCCACAAAGCUCCGAAGAAGAAGGGCAUCAAGUCCUCCAUCGGCCGCCUGUUUGGGAAGAAAGAGAAGGGCCGGCCCGGCCAGGCGGGCAGGGAAGCCCUGGGUCCAGCCGGAAUUUCUGAAACCGAGAAUUCAUCUCCAGACGCCCUGGGACUCAGCAAAUUAGGAGGCCAGGCAGAAAAAAAUCGUAAACUUCAAAAAAAGCACGAAUUGCUGGAGGAAGCGCGGAGACAGGGCUUACCGUUUGCACAGUGGGACGGGCCGACUGUCGUUGUGUGGCUGGAGCUCUGGGUGGGGAUGCCAGCCUGGUACGUGGCCGCUUGCCGGGCGAACGUGAAGAGUGGGGCCAUCAUGUCGGCCCUGUCAGACACGGAGAUCCAGCGCGAGAUCGGCAUCAGCAAUCCCCUACACCGGCUGAAGCUGCGACUGGCCAUCCAGGAGAUCAUGUCCCUGACCAGCCCGUCGGCCCCGCCCACAUCCAGGACGACGCUGGCAUAUGGGGACAUGAACCACGAGUGGAUCGGUAACGAGUGGCUGCCCAGCCUGGGCCUGCCACAGUAUCGCAGCUACUUCAUGGAGUGCCUUGUGGACGCCAGGAUGCUGGACCACCUGACCAAGAAGGACCUGCGGGGCCAGCUGAAGAUGGUGGACAGCUUUCACAGAAACAGUUUCCAGUGUGGAAUCAUGUGCCUGCGCAGGCUCAAUUACGACCGGAAAGAACUGGAAAGGAAAAGGGAAGAAAGCCAGAACCAAGUCAAAGACGUACUUGUCUGGAGCAACGAUCGCGUGAUCCGCUGGAUCCUGUCCAUCGGUCUCAAAGAAUAUGCAAACAACCUCCUAGAGAGCGGCGUGCAUGGCGCACUUGUGGCCUUAGAUGAAACCUUUGACUUCAGCGCACUGGCCCUGUUGCUGCAGAUUCCCACACAGAACACACAGGCUCGUGCUGUCUUGGAGAGGGAGUUCAACAACCUCUUGGUCGUCGGCACUGAUAGAAGGUUCGAUGAAGACGACGACAAGAGCUUUAGGAGGGCACCUUCCUGGCGGAAAAAAUUCAGACCAAAGGACAUCCGCGGCUUAGCAGCCGGGUCAGCAGAGACGCUGCCGGCAAACUUCAGGGUCACGGCUUCCAUGUCGUCACCCUCUAUGCAGCCCAAGAAGAUGCAGAUGGACGGUGACGUGGCGGGGACACAGCGGCUGGAUUCGGCCACCGUACGGACCUACUCCUGCUAA